AUGUCUCUCUCUCUCUCUCUCUCUCUCUCUCUCUCUCUCUCUCUACUUUUGUUCUCUCUUUCUCGCUACACCUACUUCGCAUUUUUCGUUCUUGUCAUUUUCUUUCAUUCUCUCGAUUAUUUAAUUUUUUCUUAUUUCUUGCCCUCUCUUUCUUUAUCUAUCUAUCUAUCUAUCUAUCUAUCUAUCUAUCUAUCUAUCUAUCUAUCUAUCUAUCCUUGUCAUUUUUUUUCUUUUCCUUGUUUUAUCUUUUUUCUCUCAUUUUUCCCCUUUCUUCAACGUUUUUUUUACUUUUUAUUCUAUCUGUUUUCCUUUCUCUCAACUAUCCACUCUCAAUGUUUUCUCAUUUCCUUUCAACGUUUCUAUUGUUUUUUCUUUUUUCCUUCCUUUCUCUAUCUGUUUUCUCUUUCUCUCUCUCUCAACUAUCCUCACCCCCUCUUUCUUUCAGAUUUGUUUUUUCAUUAUCCAAAAAAAAAUCUCAUUGCUCUUUAUCUUAGUUCUUAUUAUUGUCAGGCCUCCCUUUUCUUUCCCUUAGACCUUAUUUCCUUCUCUUUCUUUUUUGCUUAUUUUAGUUUUUUUUCUUUCUAUCUAUUCUUUCUUCUCUCUCUCUCUCUCACCGCCCCUCCUCUCUCUCUCUCUCUCUCAAAUACAUGUCCUAAAUUUGCAUUGUUUAGUCUUUUUUCUAUCUGUUCUCCUUUCUCAAACGUCCACUCUCUCUGUUUUAUGAUUUCUCUUUCUUUACCUUUCCAUCUGUUAUCUGUUCUUUUCCCUCUUAUUGUCAGUACUCUUUUCUUUUUUCUUUCUUUCUUUUUUUCUUUCCUUUUCUUUUUUCUUUCUUUCUUUCUUUCUUUCCAGUCGUUUUUAUUGUUUAGUCUUUCUUUCAAACUGUUCUUUCUCUCAAACAUCCACUCAGGUUUCUCUUUCUAUUGCCCGACCUUUCCAUCUGUUAUCUGUUCGUUCUUUUUCUCUCGGACAAAUACUCUUUCUUUCUUUCUUUCUUUCUUUCUUUCUUUUUUCUUUCAGUCGUUAUUGUUUAGUUUUUUCUUUCAAACUGUUCUUUCUCUCAAACAUCCACUCUCUGUUUUUUUGAUUUCUUUUCUCUCUCCUUUCCAUCUGUUAUCUGUUUAUUCUUUUCUCUCUCGGACAAAUACUCUUUGUCUCUUUUUUUCUUUCUUUCUUUCUUUCUUUCUUUCUUUCCCACUUUCUUUCAGUCGUUGCAUUUCACUUUCUUUCAAACUGUUCUUUCUCUCAAACGUCCACUCUCUUGUUUUGAUUUCGUUUACCUUUCCAUCUGUUAUCUGUUCGUUCUUUUUCUCUCGGACAAAUACUCUUUGUCUUCACUACUCUUCUUUCUUUCUUUCUUUCUUUCUUUUCUUUCUUUCUUUCCAUUUCUUUCUUUCAGUCGUUGCAUUGUUUAGUCGUUGUUCUUUCUUCAAACAUCCCUCUGUUUUCUUUCUAUUGCCCGACCUUUCCAUCUGUUAUCUGUUCGGUUUUUCUUUCUUUCUUUCUUUCUUUCUUUCAGUCGUUGCAUUGUUUAGUCGUUUACAUUGUUUCCAUUCUCUCAAACGUCCACUUCUUUUUAUGAUUUCUCUUUCUAACCUUUCCAUCUGUUAUCUGUUCGUUCUUUUCCUCUCGGACAAAUACUCUUUCUUUCUCUCCACUGUUCUCUUUUCUCAAACGUCCAACGUUUUUUAUGAUUUCUUUCUUUCUAUUAUCUGUUCCUUUCCAUCUGUUAUCUGUCUUUUUUUCUUUUUUCUUUCUUUCUUUCUCGUUGCAUUGUUUACAAAACUGUUCUUUCUCUCAAACUCCACUUUUGUUUUCUGGUUUCUUUUCAUUCACCGACCUUUCCAUCUGUUAUCUUUCGUUCUUUUCCCUCUCGGACAAAUACUCUUUCUUUCUUUCUUUCUUUCUUUUCUUUCUUUCUUUCUUUCAGUCGUUGCAUUGUUUAGUCACUUUCUUUUUCAAACUUUCUUUUUCUUUUCUUUUCUCUUUCUAUUGCCCGGACUUUCCAUUUCUGUUCGUUCUUUUCCUCUCGGACAAAUACUCUUUUCUUUCUUUCUUUCUUUUCUUUUCUUUUCUUUCUUUCUUUCUCUUUCUUUUCAGUCGUUGCAUUGUUUAGUCGUUUACUUUCUAUCUGUUCUCCUUUCUCUCAAACGUCUGUUCUGUUUUAUGAUUUCUCUCAAUCUGUUAUCUGUUCCACAAAUACUCUUUCUUUUUUUCUUUCUUUCUUUCUUUCUUUUUUUCUUUCUUUCUUUCAGUCGUUGCAUUGUUUACACUUUCCAAACUGUUAUCUCUCAAACGUCCACUCUCUUUUUCUUUUCUCUUUUCUAUUCCCCGACCUUUCCAUCUGUUAUCUGUUCGUUCUUUUUUCUCGGACUUUACUCUUUCUUUCUUUCUUUUCUUUCUUUCUUUCUUUCUUUCUUUCUUCAGUCGUUGCAUUGUUUAGUCACUUUUCUUUCAAACUGUUCUUUCUCUCAAACAUCCACUUCUCUGUUUUCUGAUUUCUCUUUCUAUUGCCUUUUCCAUCUGUUAUCUUUAUCGUUCUUUUUCAAAAUACAUCUCUUUUCUUUCUUUCUUUCUUUUCUUUCUUUCUUUCUUUCUUUCAGUCGUUGCAUUGUUUUAGUCGUUUACUUUCUAUCUGUUCUCCUUUCUCUCAAAACGUCCACUCUCUCUUCGUUUUACAAAUCUGUUCUCCUUUCUCUCAAACGUCCACUUUCUCUUCUAUUGCCCGACCUUUCCAUCUGUUAUCUGUUCGUUUUUUCUCUCGGACAAAUUUUUGUCUUCACUACGUUGCAUUGUUUAGUCGUUUACUUUCUAUCUGUUCUCCUUUCUCUCAAACGUCCACUUCUCUGUUUUCUGAUUUCUCUUUCUAUUGCCCGACCUUUCCAUCUGUUAUCUGUUCGUUCUUUUCCCUCUCGGACAAAUACUCUUUCUUUCUUUCUUUCUUUCUUUCUUUCUUUCUUUCUUUCUUUCUUUCAGUCGUUGCAUUGUUUAGUCGUUUACUUUCUAUCUGUUCUCCUUUCUCUCAAACGUCCACUCUCUCUGUUUUAUGAUUUCUCUUUCUAUUCCCCGACCUUUCCAUCUGUUAUCUGUUCGUUCUUUUCCCUCUCGGACAAAUACUCUUUCUUUCUUUCUUUCUUUCUUUCUUUCUUUCUUUCAGUCAUUUCACUUUCUUUCAAACUUUCAAACGUCCACUCUCUCUGUUUUCUUUUCUCUUUCUAUUGCCCGAAUCUGUUAUCUGUUCGUUCUUUUCUCUCUCGGACAAAUCUCUUUGUCUUCACUUUUUCUUUCUUUCUUUCUUUCUUUCUUUCUUUCUUUCUUUCUUUCAGUCGUUGCAUUUCGUUGCAUUGUUUAGUCACUUUCUUUCAAACUGUUCUUUCUCUCAAACGUCCACUCUCUCUGUUUUCUGAUUUCUCUUUCUAUUGCCCGACCUUUCCAUCUGUUAUCUGUUCGUUCUUUUCUCUCUCGGACAAAUACUCUUUGUCUUCACUACUCUUUCUUUCUUUCUUUCUUUCUUUCUUUCUUUCUUUCUUUCUUUCAGUCUCACUUUCUUUCAAACUGUUUCUUUCUCUCAAACGUCCAUUCCCUCUUUCUAUUGACCUUUCCAUCUGUUAUCUGUUCGUUCUUUUUCUCUCUCGGACAAAUACUCUUUGUCUUCACUACUCUUUCUUUCUUUCUUUCUUUCUUUCUUUCUUUCUUUCUUUCUUUCAGUCGUUGCAUUGUUUAGUCGUUUACUUUCUAUCUGUUCUCCUUUCUCUCAAACGUCCACUCUCUCUGUUUUAUGAUUUCUCUUUCUAUUGUUUCCAUCUGUUAUCUGUUCGUUCUUUCCUCUCGGACAAAUACUCUUUCUUUCUUUCUUUUUUCUUUCUUUUUUUUCUUUCUUUUUCUUUCUUUCUUUCAGUCGUUGCCACUUUCUUUCAAACUGUUCUUUCUCUCAAACGUCCACUCUCUCUGUUUUCUGAUUUCUCUUUCUAUUGCCCGACCUUUCCAUCUGUUAUCUGUUCGUUCUUUUCUCUCUCGGACAAAUACUCUUUGUCUUCACUACUCUUUCUUUCUUUCUUUCUUUCUUUCUUUCUUUCUUUCUUUCUUUCAGUCGUUGCAUUUUUAGGGUUUUUUUCUUUUCAUCUAUUCUUUCCUUCUUUCCAUCUGUUAUCUGUUCGUUCUUUUCCCUCUCGGACAAAUCUCUUUCUUUUUCUAUUUUUUUCAUUACUUUCUUUCACUUUCUUUCAAACUGUUCUUUCUCUCAAACGUCCACUCUCUCUGUUUUCUUUUCCUUCUGUUAGAUUCAUCCUUUCGUUCUUAUCUUCCACUAAUCACUUUGUCUUCACAUUUUCUUUCCUUUCCUUCGGAUUUCUACCACAUCUAUUCUUUGAAAAGUUGGCAUCACCAUUACUCUCUUCCUUUCAGCUUUUCCUUCUGUUAGAUUCAUCCUUUCUAUUAUCUUCCACUAAUCACUUCCAUUCUAUCCUCCUUCAUCCUGUCUCUUUGCCUCCAUUUCGUGAGCAAACACGCAUCAACUCUCCUUCCUAUCCACUCCUUUUACCUUUCUUUCUUUUUUUCCUCUUUUUUCCUCUUACUUUGUCUUCAUCUAUUUUUAGCUCAACGAUUAACUCCUCGUAUCGAUCAUGUCACUGUUUCUUAAUUUUUACUCUCCCUUUAAUUCUUACGCUCUCUCUCUCUCUCUCUCUCUCUCUCUCUCUCUCUCUCAUAUUCUUUCUCUCUUCUGACUUCACUUUAUACUUAUAUAUAUUUCCAGUUCAUCUUUUCUCCUCUCUUUCAUCCCCUCUCUUUUUUUCUACCAAUGAGUAUUGCAGCAGACCUGUUCUUUUUCUCAUGUCCUUUUCUUCAUUCUGUUUGUCUGUGCGUCUUUUUUAA